CAGUUCAUAAUAAUAAGCACCCCCAAAGAAGAUUGGUGAACCUGUGUGCAAGGAAAAUAUUUUUGUUCGAAACGAGCUACAGAUAGUAAUCGUACCGUGUAUUUGCCAUCGUGGAGGUUUUACUUCGCCACGACCAGAAUAGUAAGGUAAACUGAAUCGCGUUGUAGUGUUGUCAAGUUCAAGCUGAUGUUCCAGUGAUCAUUCUUCAAUAGGUCCAAUAGGAGUAGUCGAAUAGCAGCUUAUAAGUGGAAAGUUAAGUUUCUUUUGGAACAGUCAAACAGUGCGGUGAGAAAAAUGGCUGAUGAAGACAAAGGACUAGUCGCUGGACAUCCACCAGCAGUCAAGGCUGGCGGUAUGCGAAUUGUGCAGCACAAGACUCCCAGUGCAGAACGGCCAGCUAAGGACCCCGUCGAAGUCAUCGGCUUAUCGAAUCCAGCUCCGAACGUAAACACCGGCGAAGUGGUGCAGAGCGCUACAUCCAACAAGCACAACGAGCAUUCGGUGGAAGCUAGUCAGGUGGCCCAUGCCCAGAAACCCCCGGCGCAGAUUCCUCAGAAGCCAGUGAACAACAUCCAACAGCCACGGAAGUUUUGAAUGGCUCGCGACCUCAUGCAAUACCCUUUUAUAUUUCACAUCAAUACGUCUAUGGGUAGUCGAUUUAGCGUUUUAUAAGUUACGCCUCUGGGGUGUCACACAUCCUGAAACGGUUUUCUUUCGGUUCCUUUGUGGCGGUUCGCUUCAGAACCCCUUUUCCAAAUCUGAUUUUUGAGGCGUUCAUGGUACUAGUGAAAGUUACGUUCACGUUUGAUUCUUUAUGAAACACAAAUAAAUACCUACAUAAAUAUCCAACGCAUAUAUUUAAAACCUUAAGUAUGUUGCAAUCUACGUUUGUAUUUAUACACUGAGGAUACUGUUCGUAUGAUUUUCAUAGUUUGCAUCUUAUGAAUCAGGAAUUUUUAUUUUUUUCAUCAUUUCAUAGUUCUCGUAUGCUUUUCAUACAUUGAAAAGCGAAAUCCAUAAGACUUGUCGUAUGAAAAAUCUCAUAAGAAGCAUCGUAUGAAAAUCAUAAGAUGUGUUAUGAAACACCAUUGCUAAAAAACAACAAAACCUUUUAUUGGCUUCUAACCACUUCUACUUCCGAAGCGUGGAUGGGCGAAUGAGUAAAGCACGCACUCGCUAACCUUGACGUUCCUGGUUCGAUUCCAGGUUGCGAUUUUUUUUAAUUUGUGCAAAAUAUUUCAUAAAAGUAUGUAUGAUAGUCAUACGAAAUAAUUUCAGAUUUUAUACGUUAUCGGUAUGGUUUUCAUACGUGAGUGUUAUGAAAUUUAUACAGUAACAGUAUGACAAUAAUAGUUGGCGCUUUGAAUCCAAAAUCAUAGUUCGUAACUAUGAUUUUCGCAAGAAAUUCUUGUGGCAAAAAAUCAUAGUUGAUUCGUAUGAUUUUCGGAGUUGCAGUAUCCUCAGUGUAUAAAUAAAGAAUGUUUUAUGUGAGUCAUAUGUAACAUUAUGACACGAAUAACACUAUGUCAUUAAUUUACAGUUUUAAUGAGUAAUAAUAAUCGAAAGAAAGUGAAUUGAAAUAAAUGCUAUUAUUGAUAACGUA